AUGGAGUCUUACUCUACUCUUAGACACCAUGCAAGCUAUUGUGAAUCCGGCCCCACGUGUGCCUCACUGGAGAAGACAAAAGUGAGGCUGCAGAAUGAAGUAGAAGAUCUCAUGCUAGAUGAAGAAAGAUCAAACACAGCAGCAGCAGCUCUUGACAAGAAACAGAGGAACUUUGAUAAGAUUAUCUCCAAAUGGAAACAGAAGUAUGAAAAGGGUCAGGCAGAGCUGGAUGCAGCCCUGAAGGAGUCACGUUCUCUGGGCACAGAACUCUUUAAAGUGAAGAAUGCUUAUGAAGUGUCUCUGAACCAACUUGAAACUUUGAAAAGGGAGAAUAAAAUUUUUCAGUUAGAAAUUUCAGAUCUAACUAAACAGCUUGGGGAAUCUGGGAAGUGUAUUCAUGAACUGGAAAAAGUGAAGAAACAGGCAGAACAAGAAAAGUGUGACAUUCAAAAUGCAUUAGAGGAAGCUGAGGCAUCUUUAGAACGUGAGGAGACUAAAGUUGUACAAAUUCAAGCUGAAUUAAAUCAAGUGAAAUCAAAAAUUGACAGGAAGAUUGCUGAAAAAGAUGAGGAGAUUGAACAGAUGAAGAAAAGUCAUCAGCAGGUUGUGGAGUCUGUGCAGAGUGCACUGGAAGCUAAGAUUAGAAGCAAAAAUGAUGCCCUGAGGAUGAAGAAGAAAAUAGAAGGUGAUCUAAAUGAAAUUGGAAUUCAGUUGAGCCCUGCAAGUCACCAGGCUGGAGAAGCACAAAGACAGCUUCAAAAUGUACAGGGUUACCUCAAGGAUGUCGAGCUGCAUUUAGAUGAUGCCCUUAGAAAUAAUGAGGAUUUGAAGGAACGGCUUGCUAUGGCAGAGCGCAGAAAUAACCUCAUGCAGGCUGCGAUAGAGGAACUGAGAGCUGCAUUAGAAAAGACAGAAAGAGCUCGUAAAGUGGCUGAACAGGAGCUCCUGGAUACUAAUGAACGAGCACAGAUUCUACAUUCCCAGGGCUCAGUAACACUACUUGCCACAAAGAAGAAACUAGAAGCUGAUGUUUCUAAUCUUCAAAGUGAAGUGGAAGAAGCAAUACAAGAAGCGAGAAAUGCAGAAGAAAAGGCUAAGAAGGCCAUCACAGAUGCAGCCAUGAUGAUUGAAGAGCUGAAGAAGGAACAAGACACCAGAGCCCACCUGGAAAGGAUGAAGAAGAACUUAGACCAAACAAUUAAGGACCUGCAGCUUCGUCUAGAUGAAGCUGAGCAAUUAGCAUUGAAAGGUGGAAAGAAACAGAUCCAGAAACUUGAAGCUCAACUAGCUGCAUUGGCAGUGCCUCCUAUCGUAAAAUCCACACCAAACCUCUCACGCAAAGCUUUGCAUGGCCAACCAAACUAUGAAGCAACACAACGGCCAGCAAAAUUUGUUCCAAAAGGCUUUAUUAAGCUAUAG